AUGGAUUAUUGUAGUUCUUUGGAGGAGUUGCGAAACAAAAUUAUGAUCUACGACAAAUUCAAGAAGAUGACGGCCCAAAUUUCAAAGUCGGCGGAGAAAACAAAAGUGGUGACGCCCCAAGUCCGUGUGUCCAUGCCCAAUAACAUUCGUUGCUACAAUUGUAGGCAAAUGGGACACAUGGCUAGAGAGUGCAAACAACCGAAGAGGCCGGAGGGGGCCUGUUUCAAGUACUUUAGCGUGGAUCAUAAGUACCAGCAAUGCCCCGAGCGGGGGGUGUCAACCAGGCCGGCAGUGCUGCAGGAUGAGGAGAAGUCUGGAUCAGAGAUCUUGGCAGCGAUUCAAAAAAUUGCGAGGUGAAAAGGGAAAAUAUAUUUCUAUCUUAAGUCUAUUUGAUACCGGCAGCCCGGUAAGCUUAAUUCGUAAGUCAUUAAUUCCGAAAAA